AUGCGUAAACCAUCACUGGCCCAGAUCGUGUAUAAUGCCAUGUUCCCACGACCGCGCACGAACGAACCGGGUUCCUUUGCCGCGCACAUCGCCCGCAACCUCGUGCCAGAAGUCCGGGUCGAGACCUCCCUGUUCUACGGCUCGCUGGAUUGCAUCGAGGCUCAAUACCCCGGGCUGGACUACUCAUAUGGACCCCAUCGGAUGCGACUCAGCCGCUUCCCCUGGCACCGGAGACUCUUCCGCACCUUCAAUGAACUCGGACUAACGGAGAAUGAGAUUUCCGAUCUGUGUCGAUGGGAAGGCACCAAGUCCGCGCGUCAGCGAUACGAGGCAGAAGAAAAGGUCAGGGUGCAGGACACCACGGCCCAAUCUAUCCGAGCGGCAUCUCCCCCACCAGCCCCCUCAAUUGAGGUUCACUUCGACUUCUGCGGGACGGAAGACGAGAUCAUCGAAACCCGGAGUAACGAUACCAUCCGCGCAAGCCGCUCCCGGGCAUCCAGCUACCAAGCCGCCAUGGCAGAACCAGAAUCAGAAGACGAGUCCAGUGAGGAUGAAAUGGAGAGCUGUGGAGUCGCCCUGAAUAAUCGGAUUCACGCUGCUCUGGCCGCGCGCGACCGGGGCACCGACGUGCCGCUGGAUGAGGACUGGGAACAGUGGAUGAAGGACGCUGGUGAGCGAGGAACAUACGGCGAGGUGAUCCACGCUAUUCACUCCAAUGAGCCCUUCACAUUCUCCUACGAGGAUACACGCGUGCCUCAGCGUCGCAGUAUCGCCUCAAAUGCAGCCUCCCUGCCUGAUGCAUACAUGAUCUCUAUGCCGGACAGCGUUCUCCCGGCCCCGGCUCUCCCAUCUACUUCCAGUACUUCCAGUACUGCUCGCUGA